AUGUCCGGACGCGGCAAGCAGGGCGGCAAGGCGCGCGCCAAGGCCAAGACCCGCUCGUCCCGGGCCGGCCUGCAGUUCCCCGUGGGCCGCGUGCACCGGCUGCUCCGCAAGGGCAACUACGCCGAGCGGGUGGGCGCCGGCGCCCCGGUGUACCUGGCGGCCGUGCUCGAGUACCUGACGGCCGAGAUCCUGGAGCUGGCGGGCAACGCGGCCCGCGACAACAAGAAGACGCGCAUCAUCCCGCGCCACCUGCAGCUGGCCAUCCGCAACGACGAGGAGCUCAACAAGCUGCUGGGCAAAGUGACCAUCGCGCAGGGCGGCGUCCUGCCCAACAUCCAGGCCGUGCUGCUGCCCAAGAAGACCGAGAGCCACCACAAGGCUAAGUAAGGAAAAUCAACUGUUGGCUCCCGGCUCGCUGCUCUAUCCUCCACCUCCGUCCCCCGCGGUUGACUUCCAGCAAAUAAACUAAAGAAGACAAACAAAAGUGAAGUUUCACCACCUUGGGCUUUCCCUAGCCCGGAGGCUGCUCCCGGGGUGGGUAACACGUGAGAGUCCGCUCGGUAACUUCCUGCACACCCCCUCCCCCCAUGUCCCCUACGCCUGGGACAACCAACCCAGAUCCAAAUCCCAGGCACCACAUCUGGUCCCCAAGCACAGCCUGAGCACAGAGCCAGAACUAAGCCCUGAGCACUGGAAAUGCCUCUUAAACAUACACACAAGGAGGUUGCAACCGGAAGUUGAGUACCAGGUUUAGAGUCUGGGAUCCAGAUCUCUGCUGAAACCCCAGAGAGCAGCAACACCCAGAUAUAAUCAUCCCCAGCAUCAGAGAAGAUGAAGGAAUAAAGCCCAAGGACCAGAGGAAGUGAGAACAAAACAAUAAGGAAGUGAGAAACACAACAGUAAGAGAGACUGAGGUACAGGCAAAUGAAAUGGGCCAAAAAUACCAAGUCUUAGUUUCCAAAUGAAGAAAUGUCUCCAUGAGGAGGGAGUCACCACCUGUGUCAAACUGAAAUAAAUAAGAGCAGUGAACUGAAAGAAAUGUUUGAUGACACUGAAGAAAUCUA